CUUGAAAUGGUUGUUUUUCAAGAGACUCCUAUUUUACGUCCUCAAAAGAGGGAUCGGAAGAAAGGAGUUGUUUUGAAAUCCCCAUUCAUUGAGCUUGCUUCUGGUGCAUCUAAAUCAGGUUCAUCCUCGGUUUCUCCUGAUGAUUCUGUGUAUAAGGUCGUUAAAUAUGUGCGUGGUUUGUGCCCGUUGGACAACAAGAUUGGUGAACCUGUUGAUCCGCAAUUGGAAGCUGAGUUUGUCAAGUGGGUUGAUUCAGGUCUUAGAAAGCAUAAAUCUAACACAACAACUAAUGUGUAUUGUAAGGGUAAGGACACUAUAUUUCCGCCAUUUCGUUUUGGUGUUGAGGACAUCAGCAACAAGAUGUGGUUUCACAACCUUGCCUACCCUAAUUGUUUCCUUACCAAUUCUGUAAGUUUUUAUUUUAUUAUUAUUAUUAUUUUACAUAUUAUUUUUUUUAUCUAUUUUUUUUAAUGUUUUUAAGUGUUGUUCUGUUAGUUUUUUAUAAGUUUGAAUGUUUUUUCACUUACUUUUUUUUAUCUGUUUGUUCAGCACAUUGACAUCAUUUUCUAUUAUCUUCGUAAGAAAAUA